UUGACCUCUGUUCAAAUAACACACUACAACUUGUUGCCGCUUUUCCUCUUAUACACAGUUUUUAGCUAACAAUAAAAACUAUAAAUGACGUCAUAUAUGAUAUCUACUUGUAUACUUGUCUCAGGUUUUCUCAUAUAAAAACUCUAUUUUUUUUAUAGAUUCACAGAACAAUCUCUCUUCUAUUGUUUCUUUCAGUCAACGCAACCCUGCGCCAGCUCCACACAUGGAAGGAGACGGCGGAUGUUCACCCACGUCCAGCGGUGAAAAGAGAAAAAACAGAGACGUCGACAAACCCUACAGAGGGAUAAGGAUGAGGAAGUGGGGCAAGUGGGUGGCUGAGAUUCGUGAACCCAACAAACGUUCACGUAUUUGGCUUGGCUCAUACUCCUCUCCCGUCGCUGCUGCUCGUGCGUAUGACACCGCCGUCUUUUACCUCCGCGGCCCUUCCGCCAGUCUUAACUUUCCGGAAUCCAUAGGAGACGAGGGAUUCCUCCAUGACCUAUCCGCUGACUCGAUCCGAAGAAAAGCUACUGAGGUAGGAGCUAAAGUCGACGCCAUCCAGAGCCAAAACCGCGGCCCAGAGCUCCACCACUUGCCGCCAAAAUCAUACUCCGGUCGUGUUUGCUUAAAUCCGGACCUAAACGAGUACCCAAGUCCAGAAUCUUCAGACGAAAGUUAGGAGUGAGAAAAAAUCAAUAAUAUUUGUUGAUAUGGAUGGAAAGUGUCGAUUUUAAUUUCUUGAUUUUGGUUUUUAAAGAAAGGUUAAAGAUAUUAGAUUCAUAUCUAUAGAGAGAGAGAGGGAGGAACACAUAAUCCGAAGGGGUUAGGCAUGUUGAUGCUCCCAAGGUUUCUUAUUUACGAUUUUUAUGGUUUUCUUAGUUGAUUUAUUGAUUAAUAAAUGUAAAAUCAAUCUACGGUUGUGGUUAUUCUUGUA